AUGGGUCAAGUCUUCUUAGAACCCAUGAUGAUGGAACUUUCCAACACUCGAGCUUCGGUGGGAAGUAUUUUCAGCAUUUUGCCGGCUGUGACGCUCGGCGUAGGACCGAUCGCAUCCGUUUUUAUUAAUAUAGUUGGAUGUCGUAAAGUAACUAUUGCGGGUGCUUGCAUCGCUUCUUUCGGAUUUUUUCUGAGUGUAUGGUGGACUAACAUCUGGUUUUACUAUGCUACGAUUGGUGUCAUCGGAGGCAUCGGUUUGGGACUAAUGUACUUGGCAGCCUUAGCCUCUGUUAAGUUGUAUUUUAAACAUAAACGUGGACUUGCCAUGGGCAUCGCUGUAUGUGGCUCAGGUGUGGGUACAUUUGUAUUUUCUUAUGUUAUGAAUGAGAUUGUUAAUAUACGUUCGUGGAUCAAUUAUCCGACCGCAUUGCUUGUAGAAGCUGGUAUCAUUUUGGUUGGUAUUCUGUGUGGUGCCACGAUGAUGUAUCGAUCAAACGAACCAAGUGAACAACGAAAACAACUUACCAACCAUCUAAAUGAACCUCUAAUACCGGUCGAUAACGGCACUGACGGAACAGCCCAACCGACGUCACUAGAUGCUAGUAUUGAGAAACCACCUGCCAAAUCGUUUCUUCGUCAAGUAAUCGACGAAAUCGAUACGACGUUACUAACAGAUGUUGGAUUUGUUCUAUUUGCUAUAUCGAAUUUUCUGUCAAGUCUAGGUUUCAAUGUUGUGUAUAAUUUUGCUGAUGAUCUUGCAAAUGAUGCAAAAGUUAUAAAAGAUCAAAGAACAUAUAUUGUUAUGUCAAUUGGUUUGUCUAACAUAUUCGGCCGUGUUAUUAUUGGUAUUUUAGGUGAUCGAAAAUGGGUGAAUCGUAUUUACUUAUUUAUUUUAACAAUGAUUAUUUCUGGUGUAGCUACUAUGGCAGCUCCAUUAUGUGACUCUUCUGUUAUUCAACAUAUAGGCUAUGCAUCUUUUUUUGGCUUCUUUUCAGGCGGUUCCGUUGCUUUAACACCACUUGUUAUUAGCGAUAUAGUGGGUGAAAAGAAAUCAACGAAUGCCAUAGGUCUUAGUGCUCUUUCUAUGGGCGUUGCAGUUGCGAUUGGAACACCGGUUGUUGGUGAGUAUUUGGUUAUAAAUUUUAAAUAUAUUUUUUCAUUUCUGUGA